AUGGCCCAACCAGUGAUCGAUGAGGAGGACGAUCCUUCCUGGAUCUAUGAUGACGUCUUCCGAAUAGCUCGCUUUGAAGGAGAUCCUCGAUGCAAGCGUAGCGUUAUCCACCGACUAGACACAACGUUAACUCUCACACACGGCCACAAACCUAAGAAAUGGGGCUUCGCUAUUAUACGCACCGCUUACGGCCCUGGAUCGCACCAGAACUUCGAGCAUGCUCUUGAGAUUAUAAACAAUAUCGCCCAGCACUGGGUUGAAGACGAAGUCGAGGGUCUCAAGUUCCGAAUUACCCAGGGUAAAGAAACGGACUUCCGAUAUAAGGAUGUUCCUGUCGAGGUUGACACGCGCCCAAACGAGGAAUUUUUACGCUGCUAUGAGAAUGACGUUGUGGAGGAUCAGAGUCUGGACAACGCCUCUUUCGCUGCGGUGCGCGAAUAUUUCAAGACCUGGAUUGCAUCCAAGGGGGGCAGGUCGGACGUUGGGAAUACAAGAUACGUUGCGUGCAUCAUGCUCGAUGCCGAGACGCUCUCUCAGCUUGCUACUGCGCCUAAAGGCUUUCCUCACGGCUAUGAUGUUUACAGCUCCUCAUAUUGGGUCAAGAUGGUCGACGUGGAGGCGAGUCCUGACGAGGCGAUUCAUGUACGUGUGCGUGGAGCUGACGAUUUGAUAAAAUAUUGGUUCACGCGGAACAUGAUACGAAGCCAUGUGUUGACACACAGGAAAGAUCGCGAAUAUCCAGGAGUUCUUUACUUUGGCGACCCGCCGUCAUUAGGAUUUGAGGAAAUGGAGUGGCCACCGCUUCCCUAG